AUGUUUGCUACUCUGAUAUUCGUUUUACUUCUUUUCGUACCACAAUCGAUUAUUGGUGAACCAACAUUCGAAACGAUUCCAUUACGUUUCGACGCAAUCAUCCAACGAUUGCGUGGUUUUUAUCAACAUUAUCCAGAUAUUGUAAACGAUUUAGUGAAUACGCCCAUUGCAACGAUUCGAUCGGAGCUACUCUUAGCCAACAUAUCAUUUUCAAACAAUCAGAGUACUGCUUGUGAACGAGAUUUGGAAAUAUUGAUAACUGCUGCAGUUCAACGUCAAUUAUGGGCAAUGAAAGUGUUCGAUGCUUGGGGCAAACCACUACCAUCUGGUUUAUUGAAAGGAAAUAUGUUCUGGAUAGGUAAUUAUGAUGAAUGUAUUAAUCCACUCUAUCAAAUAAACAAUAAAUCGUUCGUUCGACAACCCAUAGACACACAAUAUUGUGCUCUUCAAUCCAGUCCCAUUAACGAACAAUUAGUACCGAGCUUUGGCUUGGUUCUCGGCCUUUGUCUACCAGCAUCUUGCAAUCGUCAAUCAAUUGUCACACUCAUCCAGGAGAUAUUCAAAGUUCAUAAUUUGACUAAAGAUUAUUUACAAUGUUCAAAUGAUCGUUCCAAUGAACAGAAUGGUCUUUCGUCAGGUACUAUUGCUUUUAGUAUCGUUUUAUCACUCUUGGCUCUACUUGUACUGAUUGGAACAAUCAUCGAUCUUGUUGUUCAUAUUAUUUAUUUGACACCCUAUUUUGGUCAUGGACCUCUUUAUCCAGUGCAACAAGGAUUCGAAUCGACCGGUUGUCGUAAUGGUCAUUGGUGGACUUCAUUUUUGUACAUUGGAAACUUUUUCAAAUCCGAUAAUAUGUGUCUCAGUGUGACAUGGUAUCUUUUCAAUGAUAUGCAAUUCCAUUGGAUUGCUCCGCUAGCAUUAAUUCCAUUUGUGAUGAGACACAAAGCUAUAAAAGCUAUUGGAUAUAUAAUGACAAUACUCUUCGUAUUAGUUAGUAUUGGAUCGAUUCUUGGUCUUCUUCUUUAUUAUCCAAGUAUGGUCACACAUGCUUUGGAUAUUUCAAGCAAUGCGACAGGUCCGAAUUUCUUCGAUAAAAUCUACAUGACUCCAUGGUGUCGCAUUUCACCCUAUGCAAUUGGACUUUUCACUGGAUUUCUUGUUAUCAAUAUGGGUCGUACCUAUCAUUUGAAUAGUUUCGUUCGACUUAUCGGAAAUCUUCUCGCUACUGCACUUGCCUUAGCUUGUAUCUUUUCGAUCUAUGGUGAUUAUGUAUUAGUACCUGGUCUCAGUCGAGCUACACUCAUUACCUAUCAAACCCUAUCUCGACCUGCUUGGUCGAUCUCGAUUGCAUGGCUCAUUUUUUUGUGUAGUAUCAAUCAAGGUGGUAUUGUCAAUCGAAUAUUAUCCUUUUCCAUUUGGACACCAUUAGCACGUUUGAAUUAUGCUGCUUAUCUGAUUCAUUCGACAGUCAUCUUCGUCACUCUAUUCAAUCAAUCAAACCCUAUGUAUUAUCAACCAAUGACUCUUGUCAACAGUUAUGUGUCUACAUUGUUCUUUAGCUAUUUGGCUGCCAUUGCUGUUGUCAUCUUUUUCGAAACACCUUUCUUCGUUCUAGAAAAGAAAAUUUUUAAACGAUAA